AGUGCAAGGAGAGAAGACGGGAAACAGCAUGGGAAGAAAGACUAUUUUGCUACUGUUGGUGGGCAUUUUCACGGCAUAUUAUGUUUAUACACCUCUCCCAGAUAACAUUGAGGAGCCAUGGAAACUAACUGGGUUUAACCUCAUAUUUAAAACUGUAUCAAAUGUGGCCCUGGUUGGUGAACUCCUGGGAAUCAACCAUUUCAUGAACACUGCAAUGUUUCUCAUGAGCCUUCAAGAUGUCCCACCCACAUCUGAUGAAACUGUCACUGUGAUGGACACAACUUUCAGCAAUGUUCCUGUCCGUGUAUAUAUACCAAAGCGCAAGUCAGAGGCCCUAAGAAGGGGCUUAUUUUACAUUCAUGGUGGUGGUUGGUGUUUGGGAAGUGCUGCUUAUUAUUCUUAUGAUAUACUGUCAAGACGAACAGCUAAUAGACUUGAUGCUGUUGUCAUUUCAACCAACUAUAGACUAGCACCUAAAUACCACUUUCCAAAUCAAUUUGAAGAUGUGUAUAAUGCAUUGAAGUGGUUCUUACGCCAAGAUAUUCUUAAAGGCUAUGGUGUAGAUCCCAAAAGAAUUGGUAUUUCUGGAGAUAGUGCUGGAGGAAAUUUAGCUGCAGCAGUGACUCAACAGCUCAUAGAUGAUCCAGAUGUCAAGAUCAAACUCAAGAUCCAGUCUUUAAUUUAUCCUUCCCUUCAGACUCUGGAUAUGGAUUUACCAUCUAUACGGGAAAACUCACAUUUUCCAAUUCUGCCCAAAUCACUCCUGGUCAGGUUUUGGAGUGAAUACUUUACCACAGACAGAUCACUUGAAAAAGCCAUGUUGAUCAAUCAACAUGUACCAGUGGAAUCAAGCUACCUCUUCAGGUUUGUUAAUUGGAGUUCUUUGCUCCCAGAGAAGUUUAAGAAAGGGCAUUUUUAUAGCAGUCCAACUCAUGGUCCUUCUGAGCUAGCUAGAAAGUAUUCAGGGUUUCUAGAUGUGAGGGCAGCCCCCUUGUUAGCUGAUGACAACAAGUUGCGUAGCUUACCCUUGACCUAUGUAAUCACCUGUCAAUAUGAUGUCUUAAGAGAUGAGGGAAUCAUGUAUGUCACCCGACUUCGGAAUGCUGGAGUGAGGGUGACCCAUAACCACGUUGAGGAUGGAUUCCAUGGAAUAAUUUCCUUUCCUGAAUUCAAAAUUUGGCAUAGAGUAGAAAAUCAGUAUCUGAGUUGGCUAAGUGAAAAUCUAUAGUAAAUAUCUUAGCAGUGGUUUAUAAAAAUAUGUAAGCCUCAAAUAUAAAACAUUAGUGAGAAUCAAAAGGUUAUGUUUAAAUUUCUCUUUAUCACCCAUGACUUAUCUAAGUGUUAUAGUAAUAGUAAUAAAGAUAAAAUACAAUAUAGAAUAAGUAUUAAAGUGUGCAAUUAAAGUGUGAUAUUAAAUUGUGAAAUCUGAUAGUAUGGAAUGUAAUGUAACCAAAUUGAUAAGCACCCUUGAGUGGCUUGUAUGUAGAAAAUAGAUAAAGUGAUCUGUACCCCAUAUGUAAGACCAGAUAGCAAGGCUCCUGUGACCCACUGGUAAGACACACUGAAGACGCCCAUCUGAGCACAUAAAAAGAACUAGCUCUGGAGGAAGAUCAGAGAGGCUUGUUCUGCUCCUCCACAGAGGAUUGCUCUCUACUCCCCAGCCUGCAUCUGCCCAAACUCUGCCGCGGACCGUGAGUCCGAACCAUGAGCCAUGAAACCGAGGCCUCAAACAAGACACUGAGCCACAGCUGCAACGUCCAAUGUCCAGUGUGUGUGUGUGUCUGUUUGCGCGGAUCCCCGGGUGGCCUGCUGAGGUCUGAAAACCACCAGGACUCUGGUAAAUAAACCAUGUGUGAUUCGUGCAUUGCAUGUCUGUCUCCUGUGUAAUUCAUGCUCUGGUCAAUAUUAAGUAAGUACCUUGGGUCGUAUGUGUCAGUGUCUGUUUAGAGACUGGCUGAGGUACCCUUGGUCAUCUGUGCAUACGUCCCUGAAGGAGAAAUUGGGACGAUAAGGUGCUCUGAACCAUUGUGAAUUUUUGCUAUUGUUGUUGUUUUAGGAUUUUUGUUUGUUUUUUGUUUGCUUUUUUACUUAGUGGAUACUCUGUUUCUUAUUCUAAGUGCUGUUUACUCACUUCUGUUACUUUAGAAAAUGUCUACACCCUUAAAUAUUUUUUCUUGCUACUAAAGUGCCUAAGAGAUGGCUGGUAUUAAUUUUGGUAUCCUAGGGCAGAAAUAGGCUUGGUCACAUUAAGAAGUGGAUUUUAUAGUAGUAGAUGGCAUUAUAUUGAAGCAAAUACUUUGAAAAACAGUUGGCACAUAAGUCAUAUUAGUUAGUGCCUACAAGGUUGUUUCAAGGCACUAAAUCCAUUUCAGUAGAAGCUCUGGUAUUUUAUAAGCCAGAUGUGUUUGUUUAAACCUUUUUUCUCAACGAUAAUACUAUUAGACAAUCAAAAAACUAAGGUUGUAAAUUCCAGCAUAAAAAAUGAGUAAUGUCUGUUUGUUUUAAAGAAAAUGCCACGUUUAUUACAAAAUAUGUAUGGAAAUAAAAUUGAUAUGAAAAGCA